UUUCCGGUUCAACAUGGCCACUCUCUAACACCAGGCGUCGUAGAUAUUAAGUCCCAGAGUGAAAACAUGCCUUUAAUAAUCAUGUGCGGUUUUCCGUGUAGUGGUAAAAGCCGCAGGACACGGGAGUUAAAGGAAUACUUUCUGAAAAGUACGGAAAGGAAGGUGAUUGUGAUUGGAGACGACACAGUUGGCAUUGCAAAGAACAGUGUAUAUGCAGAUGUUCAGAUGGAGAAAAGUCUGAGGGGAACCUUAAGGUCUGAAGUUGAGAGGAUGGUAAACAAAGAUGAUGUUGUCAUCCUGGAUUCAAUGAAUUACAUCAAAGGGUACAGAUAUGAACUGUUCUGUCUUGUCAAACAUGCUCAAACACCACAGUGUCUUGUGUAUUGCAUAACCACGCCAGAAGAUAGUUCCACUUGGAACACAAGUAGACCACCUGAGGAGAGGUACACCCAGGAGAUACUAGAUUCUCUGGUAAUGAGAUUUGAACCACCAGACUCAAGGAACCGUUGGGACAGCCCUCUCUUCACAGUACAGAAAGAUGACGCACUUCCCUUGGUAGCCAUUUCGGAUGCAGUCUUCCGCAGGAAGGCUCCUGCUCCAAACCAGUCAACACAGAGUCAACCACUGUCUUCCGCAAACUUUUUACAUCAGCUGGACAGAGUUACACAAGAUGUUUUGAUGGCUAUCCUUAACUCGCAGAAGACAUUUGUCCCUGGAGAUGUUCUUACAGUCCCUGGAGCUACUGAAAAGAUAGAGCUGACAAGAUCGCUGAAUAUGGUGGAGCUUCGCAGACUACGGCGCCAGUUCAUCAGCUACUCCAAGAUGCACCCAACAGAAGACAUGGGACAGAUAGCCAACAUGUUUGUGCAGUAUCUAAACAGGAACAUGAAGUAAAGGCUCAAGAUUUUUUAACAUCAGAUCAAAGUUUUUUUGAUAUCAGGGAAAUUUCUUUGUAAUGUUGCGGAGAUAUUUUUGUAUGAUCUCAGACUGGUAAUAGAU